AUGUGUCCACGCGCAGGAGGACGGGGAGCGGUGAGUUGCCAAGUGCUCUGCGGCCUCCGUCAAGUUGUCUUCGCUGGCCUAGUCCUCGUUUGGUUGACCGGUGGCGUGCAUGGAGGGACCGCGUGUGACGCUGUCGAGGGGUAUUAUGUGCCAAACGGGGAGGACUAUCGGGGGCACCUGAACGUGACGGAGACGGGGAUUCCAUGCCAGAAGUGGAGUGAGCAGGCUCCGCACCGGCACGACACACCCGUCCCAAACGUCUUGACGGGCGUGGGCGACCACAACUUUUGCCGAAAUCCCAAUGGACUCGAACAUCCCGGAUGCUUCACGAUGAACCCUUCCAUACGAUAUCAAUUUUGUGCCGUGGGACCGCCUUGUGGCUGGACGCCACCAGCGACGAUUUUACAGUUUAAGCCUCCGUCCGGCACGCACCUGCAAAUUGGUCAAACUGUGAAGAUCGUGUGCUACCCACGUCCUUGUCAAAUUUACUACACAUUGGACGGUUCCGUGCCUGCAACUGCAUCGGCUAUCCUGUAUGCACGGCCCAUAGUCGUGACUAGGAACACCACGGUGAAGGCUGUUUCCUUCUUUGGAGCAAACAACACCUUGCGGCGUGAAGCAUUUUACACAUUACCGCCACCCUCAGCUCCAAGAAGUGUAUACUUUAGUCCGUUGCCAUCGGAAGUGGUCCGUGGCCCUGUGUUGGUGCUUCUCAAGGGGUUAAACGUGAAUGAUACCGUCCUCAUUUUUAAAAAUGAGGCUCUUCGCGGGUCUCCGUACGAGGGUCCGUUUUGGUUGAAUGAGACCACAAACGUGACAGCUGUCAUCAAUGGGGAGCAUAUUGUGCGUGCGAGCUACGUCUUUGCGGCUACCGGCGUUCCUGUGGAGAUGUACCCGGUUUCAGGGAAAUACAUUGGCGGCGUCUCCUGUCUUGUGUACCAAGCAGGUCCUCAGGCAACCUAUGCCGUUUCAGUAAACCAUUCUGUUUGGCGGCAACUGACUAAAUUUGCUUUUAGUAUAGAUACUGUUGGUACCAACUUGGUGGAAGUAAGGUCGACCUCCUUGGGUGGUGUAGUAAAUCUUGUUUGGCGAACGUAUGAGGUUGUUGAGGCGACUCCUCCUCUGCUUUUGCCAGCGCCGGAUGCUGUCUACACCCAACCUAUUCGUGUGACAUGCAAGGAUCCCAUGGGGCGGGCACUGACGUUGGAGGAGGAAAACAAGAAGGAGUUUGGCUAUACUCUCCGGCUUGACGUCCCUGGCCGGUUUCCUGUCAACUGCACCUACGUAGACGAUCUGCAUCAUGCAAGGGCCCAACACGUUGUGUACGAACUUCAGUCCACGCCCCUACCGAGGCCGCUUUUGUUACCGGCUUGUGGCCGGACCUUCCCCAUGACGCCGCUUCUGCUUGUGCCGGCAAUAGUGCCUCCACCUGACGUGGGGGACGCGCGGGAUCCGUUGCGGCUGCGGCUGCAUGCGGCUUCCACAGGUGCCACACUCCAGAAACUGCUAGGCGGUCAUUCCUAUCUCCUCAGGACAACCCAGGCUGAGGCGACAAACGUCACGGUGACACUGUUCACCCGCUCCUCUCUUCCGUUGGAGGCGGACAGUCCACCUCUUAUUUGCCGGUACGAAGUGCUGCCGCUGGGUUCCUCUGCCACGCCGUGGUUUUUGGUCCGCCCUCCCCGCGAGGAUUAUUCUGGUUGGGUCAGUGGUUUGCUGCGGCAACUUGCCAGUUGCCUCUCCUUUGGCACGCAAGAACUUGUUUUUGCUGAGACGAUAGGGCCGUUUGUGAUGCUUCAGCUGCGGCGUCUACCGACUUUACUGCGCAUGGAGUACUACACUCGCACCGGUGACUGCCUGCGUGGGAGGUUGGGCUUGGCGGACCUUCGAAACGAAACCAGUGGGACAAUACAGCUGGCGCGCUGGUGGACCGCGCAGACGUCGUCGUCGAGCGCCACUACGGGUGCAGGGGUAACGGUUGUGGUGGAGGGUUGGGGGCUUGGCUCCGGCAGAUACCGUCUUGUGCGUCAAGAGUUUCCGUGCAACGAUCUCGGGGUACGCCACCUCGCGAGAGAAGCUCUGAAUUCUUCUUCGCUGCAGCUGUUGUUUGUCGUUGACACUCCAGGGAGCUACAAACUCUGUGCGUCGUUCAACGAUGCCUUUUACACGGUGCCCUCCAAUGGGCUUCUUCUUGUCAAUACAAGUCGUCUGCCGGUGCCGAACCCCGUGCCAUGUGGCGGCCCCUCCACAGGGCCGAUAAGUGCGACGGCGGAUCUGGACUCAAAAGGCAGUUAUUCAUAUCUCUUUGUUUCUAUCGACGCGGGCCUGUGGCAUCGUGUGGCAGCUGGUGCAGUCGUACACGUUGCCCGUUUAACCGCAUCUGUCACAUCUGCAACGCUGGCAGUGGCGACAGACCAACGCAGCGAGGCUUCCGCGGUGUGUGUCUUUUACCUUCCCCGUGGUGAGGUGCCCAAAAAGGUAACCUACAAAUGGGGUGUAACCUCAACGUAUGAGGGAAGGAGCAAUGUUGUCCUUGCCGUGAAUGGAAGCUUUGCUGGCGAGCGUCACGUGGAAUUGCGCGCGUAUAGGUCGCGCAGGAACGACACCAAUGAAUCUCCUCCAGCGAUGGGUGAACGCGUGCUCGAAGGGUCGGUGGCAGACGUUCCAUUCUUUACCUCAUUGGGGACACGCAUGGGCGCCUUUACGGUGUCGGAUCGUCUCUUGACGCUUGUCGGCGGCGCGGAGGAGUCCCCGGUUUUCGUUGUGGUCUCCAUUGAUGGUACUUCGCUGCAUGCAGAACCGCUCACCCUCGCCUUAUCCCCACUAGCUACUGCCAUGCAUUCCUGUGAGAACUGUACGAGUGGCUGGUGUUUUCGUGACCAGUGCGUUUGUAUUGGUGAAGCAAACCGCACGGCAUACUUUUGCGUGGAGAGAGCCUCGCCGCCCCCAACUCCCCACGCGGAUUCCUCUCGCUUUGGGUUGUUGUUGGUGUAUUUGCUGAUGUUGGGUGCGAUAUGCCUUUUAGUGGCCCUGGCCAUAUAUCGUGGGAAUAGGCUGCAUGCCAGCCAACAUGCGAGUGAGCGGGCGGUGGUGGAGUCGUAG